UGGGAGCCAGGAGGCCUUGCCUCGGCCGGGUGGGUCCGCGCCGGGGGCAGUCGAGCCUGGCACUGGGCCGUCGCUCACCGCCCCUGCCCGCAGACACUGGCCGCCGUGCUGACCGCGCUGCCCAGGAGCAGUCCGGCCGAACUGACCAUCUCGGCACUCAGCCUGGCGCUGCUCGUGCCGGUCAAGGAAUUGAACGUGAGAUUCCGAGACAAGCUACCCACCCCGAUCCCAGGGGAAAUCGUCAUGGUGCUUCUGGCCUCUGUGCUCUGCUUCACCUCUUCCCUGGACACAAGAUACAACGUCCAGAUAGUGGGGCUGCUGCCUAGAGGAUUCCCCCAACUCCACCUCCCCAACCUGGCUGCGCUGCCCAGGCUUCUGGCCGACUCGCUGCCCGUGGCACUGGUCACUUUUGCUGUGUCCGCCUCCCUGGCCUCCAUCUAUGCAGACAAGUAUAGCUACACUAUUGACUCCAACCAGGAGCUCUUGGCCCAUGGUGUCUCCAACCUCAUCUCCUCCCUCUUUUCCUGCUUUCCCAACUCUGCCACACUGGCCACCACCAGCCUACUCGUGGAUGCUGGUGGGAACACACAGCUGGCAGGCCUCUUCUCCUGCAUAGUCGUCCUCUCGGUGCUGCUGUGGCUGGGGCCCUUCUUCUAUUAUCUGCCCAAGGCUGUCCUGGCCUGCAUCAACAUCUCCAGCAUGCGCCAGAUGUUCUUCCAGAUGCAGGAACUUCCACAACUAUGGCGCAUCAGCCGCUUGGACUUUGCUGUAUGGAUGGUCACAUGGGUGGCCGUAGUGAUCCUGAGUGUGGACCUGGGCCUGGCCAUUGGUGUGGUCUUCUCCAUGAUGACUGUGGUCUGCCGCACCCAGAGGGUGCAGUGCCUGGCACUUGGACUUGCCGAGGGGACGGAGCUCUACAGACCACUCAGAGAGAGCCACAAGCUCCUCAAGGUCCCGGGGCUCUGCAUCCUGAGCUAUCCAUCACCGCUCUACUUUGGGACCCGUGGGCAGUUUCGCCGUAGCCUGGAGUGGCACCUGGGGCUUGGAGAAGGAGGCAAGGGGGCUCCAAAGACAGAUAGCCCACCUGAUGCAGUUGCUGAGCCCGUCAGAGUGGUGGUCCUAGACUGCAGUGGUAUCGCCUUUGCAGAUGCUGCUGGAGCCAGAGAAGUGCUACAGCUGGCCAGCCGAUGCCGAGAUGCUGGGAUCCACCUUCUCCUGGCUCAGUGUAAUGCCUCAGUGCUGGGGACACUGACCCAGGCAGGACUCCUGGACAGAGUGACCCCAGAACAGCUGUUUGUUAGUGUCCAGGAUGCAGCUGCUCAUGCCCUGGAGAGACUGGAGCCUACUGGUCCAAAGACUUGCACAGUGUGGGUCUGACCCAGUCAUCUGGAGUGUGGAGGGCCCCAGCAAUAUGUGUGUGUGGAGUCCCCUUACUUCAUGUAACUAAUAAAAUAAAGCUGAGAGCCUCUGGGGUUCAUGAAGUGAGCCUGGGUGUCCGCACACUGA